UCGACCAGCCCUCCGAGGUUACCAUGUAUCUGGGCAGGGAGAACCAGAACCGUGACCGCGGCAUGUACUUCACGCGUCUCAGUGUCGGCGUACCUGAGAUGCAGCAAAUGUCGGAGCCUCGCGAGCGCCAGUUCCUGGAGGCGGCCGAGCGGGGUGACAUGCCCACCAUGCUGCGCCUGCUCUCCGACCCGGACCAGGUCAACGUCAACUGCACUGACAUGCUCGGCCGCUCCGCCCUGCUCAUCGCCGUUGACAACGAGAACGUCGAGAUCGUCGAGAUGCUGCUCAAGUACGAGGCUGUCAUCACAGGUAACGCGCUGAUGCACGCCAUUGCUGAAGGCUCGUACAAGAUCGUCGAGCUGAUAGUGCAGCAUCCGUCCAUCCAAUGCGAGAUGCUGUCGACGCCGCUGCCACCCUCGGAGCGCAGCGACGCGCCGCCGGGCGUCUCACCCAUCAUGAUGGCCGCCCAGUGCAACCAGUUCGAGAUCCUACAGCUCUUCCUGUCAUACGGGGCAUUCAUCCGGCGGCCGCACGGCAGUGACUGUGACUGCCGCGCGUGCACCGAGGAGAUCUCCGAGGACCGCCUGCGGCACUCCCUGUGUCGGAUCCAGGCGUACCGGGCGCUCAGCGGACCAGCCUGGAUCAGCCUGACCAGCGAGGACCCGAUCCUGGAGGCGUUCAAGCUGUCGUGGGAGCUGACGCAGCUGAGUCGGAUGGAGAACGAGUUCCACCAGACCUACCAGCAGCUGAGCGACCAGUGCAAGCGGUACGCGUGUGACCUGCUGGAGCAGUGUCGCAGCUCCGAGGAGGUGCUGGCGGUGCUGGACCGCCGGACCCCCGGGGAGGACUUCGUGUCAAGAGAUGACGACGAGGAGGUCGAGGAUGAGGACUGGUCGUCCGGCGAGGACUGCCGGCCGGCAGCACUCAGCCGCCUCCGGCUGGCCAUCCGAUACCAGCAAAAACAGUUUGUCGCGCACUCGCACAGUCAGCAGAUGCUGAUGUCGGUGUGGUACAAGGGGCUGCCGCUGUGGCGCGGCCGCAACCCUCUGCUCAAGGUGGUCAUCUGUGCGGUGAUCGUCCUGCUAAUCCCGCUGCUCUCGGUGCUCUACCUGCUCUUCCCGCGUUCACGGCUCGGCCGCGCUAUCCGCAGCCCGUUCAUGAAGUUCAUCUACCACAGCGCGUCGUUCUGCUUCUUCCUGCUGCUGCUAGUGCUGGCCUCGAUGCGGCCCGAAGGCGAUGAGAGGUCACACGAGAAGAUCCGCGGUCCCCUGCCGUCGCCCGUCGAGUGGCUCAUCAUCUUCUGGGUGGCCGGCAUGGUAUGGGCCGAGUGCAAGCAGCUGUGGGACGAGGGUCUGACUGGCUACAUCCGCCAGUGGUGGAACUGGCUGGACUUCGUCAUGCUCUCCAUCUACAUCUGCUCGUUUUCGCUGCGCGCUGUCGCCUACCUGCAGAUCCGCAGCGGCGCUUACGGCUGCAGGGAGAUGGACCGCCUGCUCUGGCCGAUCAACGACCCGACCCUGAUCGCCGAAGGCCUGUUCGCCGUGGCGUCCGUGUUCAGCUUCGCCCGCAUCAUCUACCUGUUCCAGACCAACCCGCACCUCGGCCCACUGCAGAUCUCGCUCGGAUGCAUGAUCAUUGAUAUCAUCAAGUUCCUGUUCAUAUUUUUCCUGAUCCUGACGAGCUUCGCGUGCGGUCUGAACCAGCUGUACUGGUACUACCGGCACACGCCGGGCAAUAACUCCGGAGGCGAACUCUUCCGAACGAUCGGCACCUCCUACACCACGCUGCUGUGGUCGCUAUUUGGCCAGAUCCCGGUGCAGGCGCUGGACCAGCGGCGUCAUCAGACCGUCACGCACUUGCUAGGGCAGACCCUGCUCGGCGCCUACCUCAUCAUGGCCGUCACUGUCAUGGUCAACAUGCUCAUCGCCAUGAUGAGCCGCAGCUUCCAGAUCGUUGAGGACCACGCCGACCGCGAGUGGAAGUUCGCUCGCUCCCAGCUCUGGAUGUCCUACUUCGAGCAGGGCUCCUCGCUGCCCCCGCCCUUCAAUAUGGUGGUCAGCCCCAAGUGGGUGUGGUACGCCGUUCGCUGGGUGGCGCGCGGACUGCUGAAUUGCGCGGGCUCGCUGCGCGCGCACACCACGCGCGCCAGUCCUUCCCACCAGGAGCAGAAGACCGGAGUCAACGGGGGCGUGCGUUUUCUGCUUCGAGCCAGCUCGCCUGGCACGCCCCCGGGCAGAAUCGAGGACGGAGGUCGGCAGAGGUCAUGCGUGACGGACGCCUCCGGAGAGGAGGUGCCCUACGACAUCGAGCAGGUUCCGUAUGCUGAGGUCAUGCGGCGCCUGGUCAGCAGGUAUAUCUUUCAGUUUAAGAACCAGCACCGACACUCAGGGGCUAAUGAGGACGACUUCAUGGAAAUCAAGCAGGACAUAUCCAGCCUCAGGUACGAGCUCCGGGAGGACCGCAAGCGGGAGGCGUCGCGGAACUUCCGUAACCUUGACAACCUGCGCCGAGAUAUCGUCAGUCUGUUCCAUGAGGAGCUGGGCGGCGGGCUGAAUGUGCCGUCUGACGGCCGUGCCUACUCCUCUGACUGCGGCCCCGACACCAUCUACAGGAAGCCGUCCCGCAGAGGUCGCAGUUCUCUGACCUCACACACUCAGCAGCUGUCCCUGGACCUGGGCCUGCUGGGUCGACCGGAGGUGGGUGGGGCCGAGCCGCCUCCACCGCCGCUGCGCUCCCCUGACGUGUCGGUGGCCACACUGGCCAGCCUGCGUCAGCUGGUCCGACGCGAGGUGGAGCUACUGAGCCUGCCGCGGCGGCGCGUCCUGCUGUCCGCCCAGUCGCUAGACCAGGCGGCCACGGCCAGCCGCCUGCACCGUCAGGUGUCAGUCGACCAUCACGAGCCGCUGCGGCCCGGAUGA